UUAGGAAGUAGUGGUAGCUGACACCCAGCCUAAACAGGUCAGAGGAGCGGUGACUGUGACACAGGAAGCUGGUCCUACAGUUGCAGUAUGGGGUGGCAGGGUCUCACUAUGUAGCCCAGGCUGGCCUUGAACUCUUGAUCUGCCUGCUUCAGCUUUUUGAGUACAAAAUAUUUUAACUGUGCUGGACUCACUCUCCAGUUUCCUCUUAACCACAGGGGCUCACCUACCACCCAUGAUGCCCAGCCCUUGAUAUAGAUCGAGUCACUUUCUACAAACAAGAUGGCAGUGGAGAAAUGGGCCCAGUUGCCGAGUCCAUGAGGCAUACAGCCCCCUUCCAGUCCAAAGAUGGGGAACAUCACUGCAGACAAUGCCUCACUGACCUGCACCAUUGACCACACCAUCCACCAGACGCUGGCCCCUGUGGUCUACGUCACCGUCCUGGUGGUGGGCUUCCCAGCCAACUGCCUGUCCCUCUACUUUGGCUACCUGCAGAUCAAGGCCCGGAAUGAGCUAGGUGUGUACCUGUGCAACCUGACAGUGGCAGACCUCUUCUACAUCUGCUCGCUCCCCUUCUGGCUGCAGUACGUGCUGCAGCAUGACAACUGGUCCCACGGUGACCUGUCCUGCCAAGUUUGUGGCAUUCUCCUCUACGAGAACAUCUACAUCAGUGUGGGCUUCCUUUGCUGCAUCUCCAUUGACCGCUACCUGGCCGUGGCUCACCCCUUCCGUUUCCACCAGUUUCGUACCCUGAAGGCAGCUGUCAGCGUCAGUGUGGUCAUCUGGGCCAAGGAGCUGCUGACCAGCAUCUACUUCCUCAUGCACAAGGAGGUCAUCGAGGAUGAGGACCAGCACCGUGUCUGCUUCGAGCACUAUCCUAUCCAGCCCUGGCAACGCAGCAUCAACUACUACCGUUUCCUGGUGGGCUUCCUCUUCCCCAUCUGCCUACUACUGACCUCCUACCAGGGCAUCCUGCGGGCCGUGCGCCGCAGCCACGGCACCCAGAAGAGCCGCAAGGACCAGAUCCAGCGGCUGGUGCUCAGCACUGUGGUCAUCUUCCUGGCCUGCUUCCUGCCUUACCACGUGCUGCUGCUGGUGCGCAGCCUCUGGGAGGCCAGCUGCGAGUUCGCCAAGGGCAUCUUCAAUGCCUACCAUUUUUCCCUCCUCCUAACCAGCUUCAACUGUGUUGCUGACCCCGUGCUGUAUUGCUUUGUCAGCGAGACCACCCACAGGGACCUGGCCCGCCUCCGUGGAGCCUGUCUGGCCUUCCUCACCUGCUCCAGGACCGGCCGGGCCAGGGAGGCCUACCCCCUGGGUGCCCCUGAGGCCUCUGGGAAAAGUGGGGCCCAUGGUGAGGAGCCUGAGUUGUUAACUAAGCUCCAUUCAACCUUCCAGACCCCUACUUCGCCUGGAGUGGGUGGGUCCCCUACAGGAGGGUUGGUCUAGCUUGAGUCACCCAUGUGUGGGGCUAGGUGAGGCCUGAGCCUUCAGUCCAUGGACUGUGUGGUCCUCAGCUUGCGUGCUGGCUGCCUCUCCCUUAGCCAUGAGCAGGUGCCUCUUUCUGCUGGAGGGAAUGAUGGGCCUGGGCCAUAGCCAGGCCUGUCUGGCCCUUGGAGGCCUGUUGGAGCUUGCUGAGCCCAGAGGCAUUGCCAAGUGCAGGGAUGAGCCCCAUCAGCCCCUGGGUGUCCUCUGCAGCUGGUUGGGGGUGCUAGUCGGAGGGGGACAGUGGACUAUCACUUCCAGGAGAUUCCAAAGAGCUGCUGGGGUACAGUGUGGACACAGUGAAGAUGUGGACAGUAGAGAGUUGGGAGGCAAGGGACGGGACCUGGAUGCUUACCUGCCAGGGCCUUCUAGUGUCACUGUUGUCACAGAUGAUACCUGUCCAAAUACCUGCUAUAUUGCCAUCCUUAACACUCAGGCCCCACCCCAUAACAGGCCCAGAAGGGAAGAAGGAUAGGAGACGGAAGGUGGGGAGAUGUUCAGGGCAUGGUGUGGCGGCAGGGACAGCAGAGGAGUGACAGGCAAGGGAGUAAGCCCCAACUCCAGCCAUAUCUCACUUUUGCAAGGAGAAUUGAGUAGAUUCCCUCAAGCCUGAAGGCUGAUAGCAAACAAUGGUCCCCAGGAAGUUGCCAGGGGUCCUUCAAAAGGUCAGUGGUGAAGCUCAAGUGUGGGGAUGGGGGACUGAAGCCAGUGUGUCCUUCACCAUGGUCCUGACACACAUUCCUCCUCGUUAGCUUUCUAUUACCAUUCCCAGAAGCCCAGACCUAGGAGCCUGAGGUGUUGAGAGAGAAGAGAUAACAAAAUGUCAGGGUCUCCAUGACAGCUGUGUGCCAAGACACUGAAGCUAGGGUCAUGUGACUGCCUGGGGUGCCCCUGCCUCCCCACCAGUCACACACAGCAGGCUUGGAGAGGAGUGCAACAUUUUCCCAGACUUCUCAGAUUCAAACACACAUCCUUGCAUCUCUCAGCUCACAGGCCCGGGGCGAGGCACCACUCUGGUCUAAAUAGCUCUGGUGACAAGGAAGAGAGGUGGUCCAGAGCCCAACUUUGCUGUUCUUCAUCUCUGCUCUUCUACUAGAUGUCCCGUCUCACUUACCUAGAGUUGACAGUGGGCCCUUGCAGCCCAAGAUAACAACCACAACUUUUGUUCUGUCUUGAAAGGCUGGAUACAGGGCUAGUGGCCCUUGCAGCUUUGUGCCUGGCCAUGCUGCAGUAUCCCUCCCAGCCCCAGCACACACAAAAUUCUUUGAAUUUUGCAGCAAAUCUUUCUGCUCCCUGAGCACCCCCUCAGACUUCUUAGGGAGGCAGCAUGGAGGAGUUUAUGAGGUCCUUAGGCAUCCUACUUGUUCAAAUUUAGAGACAUGGCUUCUGCAAGCACAGCCCUUCAGACUUCUGGCCAGUUCUGAUUUCCCAGGGCAUGCCCUCAAAGACAUGGGAUUUGAGUCCUUCCAAAUCAAGAGGCUAGCUAGGCUUAAUUUCAGGAAGAGACCAGGGCAGGGAGAAGUUAGCGUUGGAAGAACACUUCUGGAAUCUGCAAAGUGGAGGGUGAGGGGGCAAACAGACAGAACCCCAUCCUCUAUCUCCCUCUCUUCUCCUCCCUGAUAUCCAAAAGGCUGAUCCUUUACCAUUAUCUCUUACCAAAGGUACCAGAGGCAAAGGGCCCAGGCUGGAUGAACCCCAGGGAAGGACUACUGGGGUCCCAGGGCUACACUUGGCUUUGACCGGACAGCCCAAGCCCUAGCCUUAGUUCCUUAUGGAGGGCCUCUGAUGAUCUGGGAGUUUCUCUUUCUUUUCUUAGAGGAGAAAGUCACCAGAUUUGAAGGUGGCACAGCCAGGAAGAGCCCACCCAGCCUUGGCCUAUAAUCAUACGGGGAAAAGAGAUUGGUUGAUUCCUCUGUGCCUCUUCAUUUCACAGUAUUUCUCCCUAGUUUGACCUUAAACACUGGCAUUCCCACCUGUAUGGACUGGGAUGAGCUGAGGGCAGUUACAUUUACGAUCAAGAGUUGUAUUUUUGUAUUGUCCUCUCUUUUAUGCCAAAUAAAUGUGUGUUAGACUGUGCAAUGGGUUUAUGUAGCAAACUUCAGCAACUUAACCAAAUAAAGCAAAG